AUGCCCCCUGCCCCCAGCAGGACAAGAGAAUGGAAUGUGCUUGGCGGGGCAGACUUGCCUCGACAAUGUGAACGAGUUCUCAAGCUAGGGCCCAAGUUUUGUGCUCCCGUGAAGCCCGACAAGACGGAACUCCUGGCCCUGGUCAGGAAGACUGCCACGAGGGCUCAUCCCCAGGAGGUUGAUCGCUGCAUCUCCUGCGCGGUCGACACGCUUCCAGCCACCGCGAGCCCAUGCGCCCGCUUCAAGACCAACAGCGUCGUUGAGCCCCUACGUGAGAGAAACCUCAAGUUGCUCCAGACAGACAAGGAAGGUGGGUUCGCCGUUCUUCCCUCAGCCCUCUACUACAGGAAGGCACAGGAAGCCAUGGAUGACAACUUUGUCAGGACAAACCAUGUUCCUCGUUCACUCAGGAAACGGGCCAUUGAACUUUGCGAGAAGCGGCAUACCUGGACACAGCCGGUAGGACGUUUCAUCCAGAAGGCGCUUUCAGCCUUGGAGAUUGAGGAUCCGUUCCUUGUGUUCCGCCCGAGCGACGUAUCCGACUUCCUCAAGGGUUUAAGCCCAAGAUCGCGUUGCGUCUUCUCACUUGAUGUCAAGGACCUGUAUUAUUCCCUGCCACAAGACGAGCUCAUCGAAGUUGUUAGUGAAGGAAUCGACCGUUACGGAACCGUUCGGUUUCAAAAUCAAGUUGGAGUUGAUGUCUCCACCUUCCCAGCAGUCCUCAGACUGUACCUUCAAUCAACUACGGUCGAGUUUUUGGGAGGAGUGUACUUGCAAAGAGCCGGAGUUUGCAUUGGUUCAUGUGUUGCCCCCGUGCUCAGCAACUUGCUGCUGGCGAGAUACGACAGGCGGCUUGAACGUGCCCUCCGCGAUAUGGGAGUCCGCAGGGUUUUCCGGUUCGUUGACGACUACUUGAUCAUCUUUGACACUGAGAACGUGGCCGUGGACGAGCGCACAGAACACAUAACUCGCAUCUUCCAGCGCACCCUCUCACCUUUCACACUCACGAGGGAGUUACCAGUGGAACAUCGACUCAGGUUCCUAGACCUUGAACUCGCCAUCGAGCCUGACCACCUGUGCUGGAUAUACGCCCCACGCUCUAAGAAGGGCCUUUUGCCGUUUUCGUCGGCCCACUCCAAGCUGGUGAAACGCAGUAUUGCACUAUCGGCAAUGGAAAAUGCCGUGAAACGCUCAUGCCCAAAUCAAGUUCAGCGGAGCCUCUUGUCACAAGUUUUGAGGCUUAAAACCGCGGGCUUUCCAGUUCAGCUGAUAAGAGGCUUAGCUGAGGUUCUCCUCGGGAAGUUGCACAAGAAACACGAAGAGGCUCCCAGGCAUGAUCGCUCGUCCAGGAUAGCGGCCAUUCCAUAUAUCCACGCAGUUUCACACAACAUAAAGAAAGUUGCCCAGCGUGCCGGCGUUAGCGUUGUAUUCACUGCACCUAACAAGUUAGGCGGGCUGUGUCGACGCGUCAACAGUGAAGAAGCCGCCGGUUCCGGAUGCAACAAAAAGCAUCUGAACAAGCUCAACAUUCAGAUGCAUGGAAGGAACACGAACAUCAUCAAGUUCACCGACUCCCUGGAGGUAUUCUUGUGUAAAGUGGAAAACUGGAAAAAGAGCAUCAAAGGGGAUAACGCGGCAAUGUUCGAGAGGCUAGCCUCGACGCUUAGCGGUAGUGACCAUGAUGGCUGA